UGGAAAAAAUCUAAAUGAGCUACACAAAAGCUCGGUUACGAUGUUUAAAUUCAAACAUAUUAUGCAUUUUUUUUUUUAUUAAAGGAUCCCCGGUAUUCCCUUGCGGUCCAUCGCCCCGCAGCCCCCAGACACUGAGAGAGAAGAGACAGCAAGCGAGUCCCUAUGAAGCUGUGAAAUAGGGUUUAAAACUGCAGAGAUCUCUUAUAUUGGCUUACUUUGAAAGGGCCGCGUUGCUGUGGGGUAGGAGCGUAUUUCUUUUUUUUUUUUAUUUAAAUGUGGUUGAUAAAACAGCAGGUUACAUUUUGUUUAAUUUUAAAUUUAGUUGUUUGCUAUGAACACGGCACGGCGGCAUCAACAAGACCGAUUGCAUUUAAAAUGUAAGAAAUAAACAGAAAGGCACCGGGGAAAUGAAUAAAUAUACCAGCAACUUCUAACCAGAAUCCCGCGUGCAGCCACAGACAGUGUGAAGAUGGAAUCAGUCCAGAUUAAAGAGGAGUUCUUUGAACCUGAACUUCUCCCCUUUAGAGUGGAGUUCUUUGGGCUGACUUCCCUCCCCAUUAAACGGGAGCUCUGUGAGAUGCAAUGUGACAGCAGUCAGUCAGAAGUCUUUGAGAUGAAAGCUGAGCACAAUGAAUUGGAGAUCCCCCAGACAGAAGAACCCCUUCCAGUUAAACAAGAGGAGGUGCUGGAAAUUGUCAGUAUUAAAUGGGAGCCCCCUGAAGUAGAGUUUGACCAUGUGGAACCAGGGAAGGAAGAAUCCGAGGACUUAAAACCAAACAUCCCUGAGCUGGAGCCUGUACGCCUGCGGGAGUGUAGCGUGGUGCUGGAGAGAAUCUGCGUGAGAGAGCAAGGUGCUGGAGAGGAAGGGUUUCCCAACAGCACACAAGGAGAUGGACAGGGAGAGAGGCGCUCACAUUCAGAAUGCAGUCUAGCAGACAAUAAGGGGGUGCUUGUGUCUCUCUCUCCCAGACUGGCCACGCAGUGUGGAUACAGCUUAACCGUUGACUUCCUGGGAAAUGCCAAGUUCCUUGCUUCUGUGCUGAGCUGCUUUGCUCAGAACACAAAUGACCUACAAGCUGACAGAAAUCAAUGUCUACUCAAACAGUUUUAUGACUUCAGGUUCCUCCUAUGUUCAGAGCAUGGGCGGAGAGGGAAAUUCUGUGUGAAAGAAACUACAUGAAGGUUUCAGUGAGAAGAGGUGUGCCACUUAUUGAGCCAAACUUUGUUCAAGAUGAUCCUGAUUGGUCCCUUGCAUACCCUGAGGUAAAAUCAUCUAACUUUGCAUUUUGAUUCAUUCACAUCCCCAUGGUCUUGCCUACUGAGGUCUACUCUACUGUCUCAUCUAGUGGAAGCAAAAUCUAACGACCCCUUAACUUUAACCUGUCUCCCAAGAUGGCUGCUGUAUUGGAAUUGUGUGCCAUUUAAGGUACUGGCUUUUGUUACGGGUCUGGGGAUAGCCUUGCCCAUCACAGAUUACUGUUAAUAAAGAAACUGAGACAGUAAUGCUUUCUAUUCUUCAGCUGGAGUCUUUACUAAUCACAAAUGCAGUAGCAUUUACAAAAAUACAUCUUUUCAUUCAUUUUUAUUAUUUUUCUUUUACAGAACAUAAACAUUCAUUUAUAGCAUUCAUUCUAUUUAAUUUCAUUGUGUUUAAUUUCAGAACAAUUCACCAUCUCCAUUCACUAGUCAACACAGAAUCCUCUUCAAUACAAAAUAAAUCUAUCAAAUUCAAAGGUUCUAGUUCCCCGAUUAUCUUAGACCCAGUGACUAACUGCACUGCCACCUACUGGUUAGUAGUGAUAAAAAGGCUAGUAGUUUUGCGAUAAACCAAAUCUAUGACAAUUCUCUGCCUGUCACACUUUGCAUCUGGAAAAUUGUGUUCCGUCUCCCAGCAAAUAGAAAGCAGGCUAUGACUGUUGCUCAGGCCAUGACAAAUGGCUAUGGCAUAAAGACUACACCAACUCGAAUUCUGGUUAGAGCUGCAUACAACUCCACAGAAAGCCAGCCUCAGGUGGUAAGUAGUCGAGGCUUCAUUGAUCUCUAGUACAGUAUAUACAAACUGUGACAGUGACUACAGUCUUGCUUUUGUUAUAGUGAAAGUCCCCUCACCUCUAACAGAUCCAAACUGUACCAAUGGCUGUGCUAAGAUCAACCACCUUUUAUAAGCAAAGCUGGAUGGUCAUGAUGGUGGACACUGCAGUUACAUGUCCUACUGAUGGAAGAGCCUUCACAGAAGAGAUGAUCACAUGGAAUGUUCCCCGUGUUCUACCUCUUGUUUCUACACCACAAAUUACUACCCUUGUUGUUCAAAUGGGAGUUGAUGGCCGCAAGCUUGAC